AGAGAUUGACGACUGAGCAGAGGGAAAUGUGCAUGCAUGAGGAGUCUAACAAACUACAGAAGAGAUAGCAAGGAGAUCUGAUAAGUUCUAUUGCAAGGCCUAAAACCUGGAAGACAUGGAUGGCCAGAAGAGGCCAACCAUUGACCAUUUAAUGGAUGGAGCAUUGGUCACAUGGAUUCGAACCUUCGAGCAAUCUCGAGCGUUUGACUGUGGACCACCAUCUCCUAUGAAAGAUCCCCUUAGAGAGUACAUGCAGUUGACUACAGGAUGCUCCCUGCACUACAUCAUGAGUUAUAUUGACUCCCGUCUGUACCAUGGAAAUGUUGAUCUCCAUGGCCUGAAAAUGAGACUGCGAUCUUAUUAUGAGGAUGAACUUCAGCAACUGAUCCUUAUGUCACUACCAGACACCCAUCUCAUCUCCCAGGACCCGGUUUCAGAUGCCUCCAUACAGGAGAUGGAGAAGAUGAUAUCACUGAUGCUUGGAGCUGCUGUUCAGGGAGAGGGUCGUGAAGAAAUAAUAAGUGGAAUUCGUAGUCUAAGUCUUGAUUUUCAAACCAACUUGGCAGCGAAAAUUCAGGAGAUGACCCAGGACCCUCAGAAAAUAUUCUCUCUGCCAGGGCCGGAGUUGUGUCAGCUCUCUCAUUCUGACCUGGCAGACCUGGUUCAUGUGUUAUCUGCUCACUUGAAGGACAUCUUGAAGCAGAGAGAUGAUGCUCUGGAUCAACUAUCAAUCAUCAAAUGUGACCAAAAGACCAGACCAACUGAACCCAAGUCUCAAACAAUGUUUCAAAAUGUAAUUUCUGACCCAAAUGCUUGGCAGAAUCACUCCCUGCGCAUUGCUGAUCUACAGAGCAAGCUGCGCCGUGUACGCCAAGAGUUGGAAGAGAAAUCAGAAGAUUUACUUGACAGUCAACAACAAGUUCAAGUGCUGGAGGUGGAGCUAAGAAAAAUGCAUCAGCAGGUCCGUGAACUCUCCCAAUUGGCUGCACAGUCUCGUGGAUAUCGUGAUGAACUUGAUGCGCUAAGAGAGCGUUCACGACGCUCUGAAGGACAAUUAAAUUCUCUCACUGACAAGUUACGUGGCAUGGAUCUUGUCCAGCGAGCUUUGCAGGAGGCAAAAGAGUUUUCACAAAGUCUGUUGGAAGAUAAAGAAGUGUUAGAACAUCAACUUUCUGCAGAGAGAGAACGCUCAGAAAGACUGCGAAUGUGCGAGAGGGAAAAGCAGUUACUUGAAGAGAAACUCAAGAGAGUUGAAAUGGAGAGAGACUCAGACAGCCAAAGAGUGCAGAGUCUGCUCCAUGAUAAUCUUACUCUCGCUGAAGAGAUAAGAAUGCUUAGGGAAGAAACAUCUCAAGUUUGGGAGAGAGUGUAUGAAACCGAUGAUGAUACCAUCCCAAAGUGGGAAAUAAGACCUGUGAUUGAGAGAGAGCAAAGCUGGAAUAAACAGGACACUGAAGCUGAAUUUUUGGACUUUGGCACAGAGAUGUCACAGGCCUUCCUUUGUCUGGAGAAAGAAAAUCAGUACCUAAGAGAAAGACUGAAGGUUCUGACUGGAGAUCAAAUUGAACUGGAGAACACAGAACAUCCUAUAGAGCAAAAAAGGCAAGAAGAUCGUAUCUCAGACAAACUGCGGGACUUGUGUGUCAGAGAGGAGCCAGAUGGUGGCAGCUUAGUGGAUAAAUGUCAUCUACCUGGAAAUGAAGACAGGGAUAACAAAGAAAGAGAAAAAGCAGAGGGCGAUGUUGUAAAGGGACACCCAAAAAAUACAGCAGAAACUAAUUGUGAAAUAUCAGUCGAAGCGAGCAAAGGCAUGGAUCAAUCAAAGCUACAAACUGGAAAUGAUAAAGAAAGUAACAAACAUCUCAGAGACAUUAAUCAUGUAAUCCAAAGUCAUGUAAAAGGCACUUCCUCAGAAAUUCUACAGUCAUCAAAGGAAUUUUCAGAUACUUCAAAAACUAUAAAUUUAGAGGAAAGUCAGAAAAAACUGUGUGAUAAAGAUAUACAAUCCUUAAAGAUACAGCUGAUAAAGAGCACUGAAGAGGUACAGUCAUUGAAAACUCAGCUGGAGGCAAGUACAGAAGAAGUGCAUUCAAUAAAGACUCUGUUAGAAGUGAGUGCCGGAGAGAUCAACUCACUACAAGAUCAACUCACCCUUAAAAAUGGAGAUGAGCAAUCUCUAAAGGCCAAGCUAGAGUUACAUCAUGAAGAAGUUCAGACAUUAAAAACACAACUGGAAUUGAGAACCAUAGACGUACAAUCUCUGACUGCACAAGUGGAGUUGAGUACUGAGGAGUUACAGUCAUUGAAGACUCAACUGCAACAGAGUGAUGGAGACAUAAAGUCACUGAAGGCACAGCUAGAAAAGAGCACAACUAAGGAACAAUCUCUGGAAUUCAUAUCUGAAGAGGUAAAAACACUAAAGACACAGUUGAAUCUAAGUGUUGGAAAGGCAGAGUCACUGAAAACACAAUUGGAUAUGAGUGUUGCUGAGGUACAAUCCCAGAAGAGUCAAUUGGAGUUGAGAGCUGCAGAGUCAAGAUCCCUUAAGGCACAGCUGGAGCUGCAUACUGGAGAGCUCCAGUCACUGAAGACACAGGAGAAAUUGAGUGCUGAAGAGGUACAGACACUGAAGACGCAGCUAGAAUUAGGAACUGCUGAGGUACACUCCCUAAAUGAAAAACUAGAAUUGGGUACUACUGAGAUACAGUCAUUAAAAAGAGAGGUGCAAGAAAAAGCAAAUGAGAACACAGUGUUACAGAGGCAACUCCAUGAGAAGUCUGUGGAGAUAAAAUUAAUAAAUCAACAAUUAUCUGAUAUGAGAGACUCACACUUACUUAAGCAGCAUCUGCAAGAAAGUUCAGAGGAGAUGCAAUUUUUAAAAAGGCAGUUAGCAGCCAGUACAAGAGACAUGCAAUCCAUAAAGAUGCAUCUUGAAGAGAGAGAGGAACAGUCAUUAAAAAAGCAGUCUCAAGAAAGCACAAGUGAAAUAGAGAUAUUAAAGGGACAGCUGGAUAAGAGAACUGAAGAGGUUCAAUCUCUUAAAGAAAAGUUAGACAAAAGAGAGGAAGUAGAUCAGCUAUGGAAGAAGCAACUGGAGGAAAAGUCAGGAGAAAUGCAUCUGCUCAGGAAAAACUUAGAAAACAGAGAAGAGUUUGAACAUUUGGUUAAGAGGCAGUUGGAAGACAAAACAGCUGAAGUGCAGAUGCUGAAGAAAAACUUAGAAAAGAGAGAACAAACAGAGCAAAUGCUAAAGAAGCUGCUUGAAGAAAGAAACAGUGAGACAAAACAACUCACAAGGAAUUUGGAAAAAAGAAAUGAGUUAGUGAAGUUAAUGGAACAACAACUGGAAGAGAGAACAGGUGAGAUACAGAUACUUAAGAGAAGUUUGGAAAAAGAAGAUGAACUAGAACAACUAUUGAAAAAACAGUUGGAAGAGAAAACUAGGGAUGUAAAGGAACUAAGGGAGAAGUUGGCCAUAGAAGGAGAAUUUCAGCAGGUCGCAAAAAAAAAACUAGAUGAGAAAACGGGUGAGGUACAGGAACUUAAGCAAAACAUGUCGAAAAAAGAAGAAUUAUAUGAGUUAGUGAAGAGACAGCUGGAGGAGAGAACGGGAGAGGUGCAGGAACUCAAAAGAAACUUGGAAAAAAUUGAGGGCAUAGAACAGUUAGUAAAGAAACAACUGGAAGAAAGCAAUGUCACCAUUCAGUUUCUUCAAAAGCAGUUGCAAGAUAGUUGUAGUGAGGGACAAUUGUUGAGAAGACAGAUUGAGCAGAGUCAAAGAGAAAAGCAGAUAGAGUGCAUGAAAGUGGAAGAAAGUAACCAGAAAGUGAAGAAUCUAAAGGUACAGUUACAAGAAAGAAAUACCUCUGUGCAGUCAUUAAAGAUCCAACUCAAGGAAAUGAAGGAAAAAUGUAUCGAGCAGCUUCAAGGAAAUGCAAAUGAGACUGAUGCAGUGAAGACUCCAACUGCUGAAUCAACAUCAUUGAAAAGCCAAAUAAAUGAAAUGUCAGACCAAAUUGAAAGUCUAAGUAGAAAGAUACAACAAAGUGAAGAGAAAGAGGGCACUUUACUCCGAAGGAUUAAAGAAAGAGAGGCAGAUAUAGAUGCCCUGCAAAAACAGCUUGAAGAAAGAGAAGAACACAUAUUAUUCCAGAGAAGGCAGCUAGACCAGAGCACUGGGAAGCAGCAGUCUCUAAACCAAAAGUUGGAAGAGAGUGACUGGGAGUUGCAACUUUUAAAAAGACAAAUAGAAGAAAAUGAAGGGAGGAAAAAAGUGCAUCAAAGACAGCUAGAGGAGCAUGCAAGAGAAAGACAGUUGUGUCAAAGUCUUUUAAAAGAGAACGAAGAACAAAUACAGUCUCUGAUAAGACAGUUGAAAGACAAAGAAAUACUUGAGGUUUCACUAAGGAGACAGAUUAAUGAAAACGUAGAAGAGAUAGAGUCCUUAAAGGGUGAGCUUAAAAAAAGUGUAGAAGAAAUAGAAUUUCUUAAGAAAAACCUAGAAGAGAGAAGUGGGGAGAAUUUUAUGCUCAACAGACGUUUGGAGGAAAGAGAGCAGCUAUUAAAGAGACAGCUGGAGGAGAACAGUGCAGAACUCCAGUUCCUAAGAAGACAGCUGCAUGAGAGUGCUGAACAAGAAAAGUCAUGGAAGAUUCAAAUGGAAGAAAGGGAAAGAGAGAAGCUGUCUUUGAAGCGACAAUUAGAUGAGAACAUUUUGCAAGCUACUGAGAAGCUAAUACAAGACAGUACAGAGAUUCAAACGCUGAGAAGACAGCUGGAUGAAAUGACCAGAGAAAGACAAUGCAUGGCCAGUUCGAAUAAUGAAGUCAACAAGAAAGACGAACAGACGAAAUGUCUAAUGAGACAACUUCAAGUAAGUGCUGAAGAGGCAGAAACUUCUCAGAAACUACUGCAAGAAAAAGAAACAGACAUACAGACACUCAAACAUCUGUUAGAGGAAAGCACAGGUAAAGAGCAUUCACUAAUAAAACAGUUGAAUGAAAGAGAAACAUAUGAGCAGUCUCUAAAGUGCAAACUGGAUGAGAGCCAAAAGAUGGCAGAGCUUCUUCAAAGACAGUUGCAAGAAAGUACUGAAGAUAUCCAGGUUCUUAAAGGUCAACUAGAGCAGAGAGAUGGAAAAAAGACAUCCUACAAGAGAAAUGCUGAAGACAAUAAAACGCACAGCAGUUUUCAAGACACAGAACCUCGGAAAAGGCACUUGGAAGAAAACUCUGGUGAAACAGUUUUGAUGAAGAGAUUGCUGAAAGAAGGUCAGGAGCCAAAAUCAAGCAAUCUACUAGAAGAAAACAUUCCCCUAAUUCCACAACCAUCAACUGUUUGCAAAUCUGCUUUUAUUUUAUGUGGUCUUGAAGCCAAAAAUAUUCAAUCAUCUUCUUCAAUUCCCAAGAGUCGACCUUCUACCCUAGAAGCAAUAAACCUUCCUGGAUCGAACCUCGCCACUUUAUCAUCUACUCAGGGGACCUCUACCACAGAUCAACCUUCCAACUCUGAUCCCAGUUCUGCUUAUCUCCCUCUUUCGGCAACAGAAUCCCCAAUGUCCUUGCUACUUAUAGAACUGCACGGUGUACGAAGAGAGAGAUUGGAAUUGCAAGGACGUUAUGACUCCCUUCUAAGAGACCUACAAAGACACGAAGGAGAGCUGGAAAGGAUGCAAAGAGAACUAAGACGAGGUCGAAAUGCCAUGAGAGUUCUGAAACAAGAACAUCGAGACCUACAGGAGAGGUUUUCUCAACUGUCUAUACAAGGGGAACAGAUCCAGCAGGAACAGCAAAGAAAGUUGCAAGAACAGAUGGAUAGAGCUCAAGAAUUUCAGAUGGAAAACCAAAGACUACAAGAUGAGAACAAGAGACUUCAAGAGGAACUGUCUCGAUUAGAAAACAGUUAUACUGAAAAGACUUCAGAGCUAAGAGAAAUGAAGAGACAGUUAGGAGCUGAGCAGAGACAGCGAGAACAGCUUGAGAGAGAGCGUAUGGAGUUAAAGGAAUGCGUACAAAGGCUGGAGAUCAGCAAUACAGCUCUGUCUGAACAGUGCCAGGUCUUGUCCCAGGUGAAAUUUACUAUACAGGAGCAGAAUAAUAAUUUGCUGUCUCAGAUUAAUACAUUAACCCAAGAUAAUCGUGAAUUAUUGGAGAAAAGUCUGGAAAGUGGAGCUUUGAGGCAAGAGGAGGAGAGACAAUACCGAGAGAAAUUGACAGAGUUGAAACAUGAGAAGCAAAAACUACUUGACAAGAUCAUGGAUCAGUAUAGAGUACUGGAACCAGCUCCUGCAGUGCACAGUCACAAGAAAAGUAACUGGAUAACUGAUAAAAUGAAGAGGCUUCUGAAAUCCAAGGAGAAAUCUUCAAGAGGCCCUGGAGACCCCUCACGCUUUCUGAACCCCCCUUUGGAGCCUUCAUUGGAGCCAGACAGCCCCUCAAAAUCUGGAGAUGGGGCUCUUCGACGCAGUAAAAGCUCGCUUAGUGUCUCUAGUCACUCAUACCCAAUGACACCUCCCCGUUUCCGUCGCUUAAAGCUGAGCUCCACCAUUCGUAGCAGUGAAUCCUUCAGUGGCACAGAUGUUUCUCCCAGAGAUAAAUUCCGCCUGAAAUACAGGGGGCAAAUACAUGAUAGUGAAGAGGAAGAAACCUCAUCUGAAGGAAGGAGAGACAGCAGAGGUGAAGAGGCAACUGAGAGACCAAUAGAAACUGGUGGAUCUGAGCACAUCUAAAGAGACUGCGUUAGUCGUUCGCAUACAGUAUACCACGAAAAGGUCUGAAUGCACAGACAUCUAUCUCCAUACAGAAUAAAUGGACAUGUUACAGUCUUUCAAACCACCAAUGUACAGAGGCUACUACCGUAUCAAUUUUUUUAUUAGCAAUAUAAUUUCGGAUAGUAAGAUAAGGUGACCAGUGUUAUAACCGAUGCCCUAUGCCAGUGUUUCCCAACCAGGGUGGCUCCA